AUGAGAAUGCGCUUCUCACUAAUCUACUUUCUUGUUCUAGUUGAAUUUGCUUUAACAACGAGUCAUCAUCACAAUGGCGACAGAAGAAAAGAUUUACAUCGUAAAACAGGUGAUAACCGUCCACACAAUUCGGGUGCUCAUAAUGCUGCUGCCUCUUUCAAAUCGUUCGAUAAUAAAAACCGAGAAAUACUUGCAUCGGAUCCUCGCCCUCCGCAGAUUGCAAUCAUUGGAGCUGGUAUCAGUGGUCUCACAGCUGCCUUAACUCUAUCAGAUGUUCCUUCAACUCUCGACAUUACAGUCUUCGAAGCCGACUCCUAUAUCGGCGGACGAAUUCACGAUAGUGGAAAAGACAUUUUGUUAAAUAACCAAGUGAGUGAAUAUUGCGCUGAAUUCAUCCAUAGCGAUCACCAAGUUAUGCGUAGGCAUGCACCAGUCCAAUCCGACUGGGGAUUGGUAGGAUUGGUACCAGUCGGGCUUGUUACCAGUUAGGCUUGGUACCAAUCCUACCAAUCUCCAGUCAGGAUUGGUACCAAUCCUACCAAUCUC